UGGGAAAAAUCAAGGGGUCUGAAUACUUUCCUAAAGCCCUGUAGAUGUAAACUGCGAAAUGGGUCGAAGUUAGAUGAUCCCAGACCUGCCCAUGACAGGGAACACCUGGUAUGUCAGAUGUGUAGGCCGUCUAUAUGGAAAUCAUAUCUGCACGUAAUUUUUUUUCAUAAGCCUCAUAUAGACAUGUCAGAACACGAACAACAGGAGGUUACGCAUGUUGGUUUGGGUGGAAUGCUGGACACGUGCCUAGGAGUGUAACCAGUCAAUCAUUCACUUGCGUCAGCUCCACGCAGUUAAAAAUUGAGACAGAGCUGUAAUUUAUGUAUUAUGGAAUCUGUUGAAAGCAUUGAAGGCAUCGUUUAUCUGGGCGGUUGUUUUACACGCUCUGUUAAUUGUUGCCCUGUUAAGUGCAAGGUCGAUGAAUUCCAGUCUGAAGUGUGUGUGUGUGAGAGAGAGAAAAAGAGAGAGAGCAAGAGAGGGAGAGCAAGACAGACAGACAGACAGACAGAGUGAGGGACAGACUGACGGAGAGAGGGAGAGACAGACAGAGAGAGGGACAGACAGACAGACAGACGGAGAGAGGGAGAGACAGAGAGUGAGGGACAGACAGAGUGAGGGACAGACAGACACAGAGAGAGAGAGAGAGAGAGAGAGAGAGAGAGAGAGUGUGUGUCUGUAGUAUGUGUGUGGAAGGGGGGGGGGCGAGUUAAGCUGUGGCGUGUGUGUGUGGCGUUUUGGAGUAAACAAGGUUCACAUUAAAAAAAAUAUGUGCCAAGCAUCAAAGCCAGGAUUGCCCUUUCGCCCUUUGUCAUUUAUGUUUACCAGGGCACUGGGGUAAAACGAUCACAUCCCAUCCUUACCACUGCACAGUCCAGGAAGUUCAGCCAUCAAUGCACAUGAGACUUCCACAUGAUAAAACAUUGAUUGUGUAGAUAAAAGCCACAGGCCUACAGACAUCUACUGCUUUACUGGCCUAUAGACUUACCUCAGAAUGUCUGUUGCAUAGAUAAACAACCAAUGUUUGACCUAUUAGGCUAGUAUUGUAUUUCUGUGUAUUAGUUCUAUAGGGAACCCGUAGGUUUCGGUAGGAUCAUGGUGACUGUGUAGGGGAACUAAGUAUGUGAAUAUGGUUUGGGGUUGGUCUGGAAAGGGGGCUAGAAUUUAGCAUUUUUCAAGCACCUGAAAUAGCUUUUUUCCUGUAAUCUAGAUCCAUAAAUAGUAUUCUUAUUUCUAUGUAAAAAAAAAAUGUUUAUUGUUCUGUAUAUCUCUUCAGAUGUCUGUAUCCUCCUGACUGGUGUUUUUUUUAUUUUAUAAACUAAAUAUGCUUCUCUGCAUGCCUGCUAAAAUCUGAGUAAAAGAUUGAAAGUAAUGUGACUUAUUCAGUACAUUUAGUAAUGGCUUGCUUUUCUAAAGUCUAUCGACCUUGCCAGCAUGCAUGUCUGCUAAAAUAGUUAGGCAAGAUAGCUACUCUAACUUCACUAAUAGCCUGAAAUGUCUUCUGGGUAGUUUGUUAUGAGGUUGGGAGAUUGGAAACCUAUCUGGACAAGCUAAAGCCUACUUCAUAAAAUUGCUAGGUAGCUAGUAGUAUUACAGAAGAAGAAAAAAUAUAGUUAGUUUCAUUAGUUUCAUGGUUAUUUAUUUUUUAAACAAGACUAAUCUGAGGGGCCACGUCCCCCCCUACUGGCUUGAUGCCUCUGUGUCCUUCACAGGCCUAUUGGCUGUGUUUGUCCUACGAUAAUCCCAUUUGUCCUGUAGGUCUACUGGAAAUGCUGUUGGAAUAUGCGAACAACCAGAAACCUUUCCAGUCAGUCAGUAUCACAAAAACAAGGAGGGGGGGAGACCACCCAACUCCCUGCACUUAGUAGACAUAUUUCUCCUACUGGUCAGGCGCCUGACGAACACAGCACAACUUCCUGCUUUUCCUCCCCCUAUGACACACCAGUUUCGUUUUUUCCUCCUCUCUCUCUCUCUUCUCCUUUGAUGCCAAAUCCCAUCCCUCGACCGGGUGAGGAGCGCCGUGAGUGGCUGAGAGGACUGAGCGUUCCUUGCAACAGCUGCGAGUUGCCUCUAUCCAACACAGGAGUUGGCGGAACUGAGCUCAGUGCAGAACGACGAACAGCGGCUUUGUCACGCAUUGCCCCAGCCCCGGACCAGCAACCCAAACGCAGAUCGACAUAUCGCUACAUUCAUGACCGGACAGGGAUUACGUGGCGAAGGAGACAAUUUCACAGAAGAGAUUGAACGGAUUUUACGCAGGACUGCCGGGUUUUAGGAGUGCCCCUGGGGACCAUGGAUAAAGCUUUGCAUAUCCUACAGAAACCGACAGACUCAACCGACAAGGUCCUUGGCGGUGGAACGGGAAUAGCUCUGGAUAUGAGUAUAGGAGACCGGGAAUUCACGGAACAAUCUAUUAGACUUAGCAAUAAAAUCCCAUUAGUGAAGCCCUAUUUCAAAAAGAAGCACGGACAGAGGAAACUGGACUCAAAAUGCCUCCGUGCGCUCCAGGACCCGAUCCUGACCACAUUACUGAGUACGGAUGCUCUUGUUACCGGAGACGGAGUGUUUGUCCCCAGGAACCCUCCGCCAAGGACAGCUGGGAACCUGUGCACUGCUGUGGUGGUCAAACAGGCGCGGAUUGGUGGGCCUGUGUGCCGGAAAGAAUCGUCAGCUACCGGUGUAACGGCUAUGAUUACCGGCGACACGGAAAUGGUGGACGCCUCCGCCGAGUUGGAGGAGACAGAGGGGGUAACCAAGGCCCCGGGAGAUCUCCAGCGCGUGACAAUAGACUCUAACGAACGCAGAUUCCAGCUCAAACUUCACCCGCGGGCGCGCAAAGUGGCGGCGACACCCCCCACACCCGAUACCCCUCUAGUAUCCCCUCCAAGCCAGGGGGGCAACACGAUGAUUGACCUAUUUGCUUCUAAAGCCUUGCGGGGGGGAAAUUGCCUCACCAUUAAAGACGGUAAGAAAACCCCCAGUCUUCAGGCCGACAAAGGCGAGAUAUUUCAGGAUAAAAGCGAAGAGGCCUCCCUGGAUCUAGUUUUUGAUCUGCUAACCCAGCUCCAGUAUCACACGCACCAAGCCGACUCGGUUUCCAUCUGCGUGGAUUUCCUGCAGGGGUUGUGUGUGUACGGGAGUGACUGCGCUUACCAUCAUACUGUGCUGCCCUACCACUGGCAGAUCUGCAGGAGUGAUACUGAAAGCUGGCAAAGCCUGGCGGAUGAUUCACAGGAUCAGUUGGAGAGGCUUUAUUGUAAUCCGGACAAUGAACAAGUCCGGCUCAAGUUUCAGGGUCGUGUGUUUUCCUUAGACUUCACUACGAUGCGUGUAUGUGACCUGGAGUUCGACCGUGUCAGACGGUUGACCACUCCCUCCAGCCCUGCCGCCCCGCCCGCAAACACAAACCCCACCCCUAACUGCCACACAGUGUGGAAAUACUACUGCAGAGACAACUUCGGCUGGAGAGAAUACUCUGAGCCGGUAGUGCGUCUGAUAGAGGAGGCUAGUGGUCGUGGUCUGAAGGAGGUCCGUUUCAUCACCCUACAGAACCAGUACAUCCUCAACAUCAGAGAGGGCUUCCAGCAGAACGCCGUGUUCGGCUUCAGGCGCCAGAUCAAGAAACGCCCCCUCUUCCUGUCCUCCAUGGUCCUCACGCCACAUCUACAGACUCUUGGUGGCCUCUCCUCCUUUUCCCCCUCCUCCACUGUGGAUCUGUCCCUUUCUCUCCCUCUCUCUCCGUCCUCCACCAACACUCCCAGCGUAUUCCCAGAGACCUGGUUACCCAUGACAACCAGCCAGGACUUCCUGCAGGUUCCGGUAUCCUGUGACGACCGGAGCUAUCGGACCGUCUACACUCUCUUCCACAAGACUGUGUCCGAAACCAAGUUCCGCAUCCUUAAGAUCCUCCGCGUCCAGAAUCCCUUCCUCUGGGAGAAAUACAAGAGGAAGAAGGAGUACAUGUCUCGUCGUCUCUCGGAGAUGGACAGGAUGCUGAGCGAGCGUCACCUUUUCCACGGCACCUCCACUGAGGUGGUAGAGGGCAUCUGCAAACACAACUUUGACCCGCGUGUCAGUGGCAAACACGCCACCAUGUUCGGACAAGGCUCCUACUUCGCCCGCAAGGCAGUCUACUCCCAUAACUUCUCCAAGCGCUCUCCUAAAGGGAUCCACUCCAUGUUCCUGGCCAAAGUGCUCACUGGCAGGUUUACAGUGGGGAACCCUUCCAUGCGCCGGCCGCCCCCACUCAGCCCCCGGGACCCCUCCAGUGACCUGUACGACUCGUGUGUAGACAACUGGGUAGACCCCCAGAUCUACGUUAUUUUCAACGACGACCAGAGCUACCCCUACUUUAUCAUCCAAUACGAAGAGGUUCCCAGUACUGUGGCUAUCUGACACAGACCAGACUGAACCAAACCCAGUACCGUGGCUAUCUGACAGGAGACCAGACUGAACCAAACCCAGUACUGUGGCUUUCUGACACAGACCAGACUGAACCAAACCCAGUACUGUGGCUAUCUGACAGGAGACCAGACUGAACCAAACCCAGUACUGUGGCUAUCUGACAGGAGACCAGACUGAACCAAACCCAGUACUGUGGCUAUCUGACAGGAGACCAGACUGAACCAAACCCAGUACUGUGGCUAUCUGACAGGAGACCAGACUGAACAAAACCCAGUACUGUGGCUAUCUGACAGGAGACCAGACUGAACCAAACCCAGUACUGUAACUAUAUGAGAAUAGACCAGACUGAACCAAACCCAGUACUGUGACCAAAUGAGAACAGACCAGACUGAACCAAACCGAGUACUGUAACUAUAUGAGAACAGACCAGACUGAACCAAACCGAGUACUGUAACUAUAUGAGAACGGACCAGACUGAACCAAACCCAGUACUGUGACUAUAUGAGAACAGACCAGACUGAACCAAACCCAGUACUGUAACUAUAUGAGAACGGACCAGACUGAACCAAACCCAGUACUGUAACUAUAUGAGAACAGAC